CCGCCCGCUCCUAUGGGGUCUUCUGCAAGGGGCUGACCCGCACGCUGCUCAUCUUCUUCGACCUGGCCUGGCGGCUGCGCAUCAACUUCCCCUACCUCUACAUCGUGGCUUCCAUGAUGCUCAACGUCCGCCUGCAGGUUCACAUCGAGAUCCAUUGAAGGCCGUCUGCUGACUGACAAAGGCGUGUCCUCAGGCUCACUGCAUCCGAGAACACACAGCAUGAGGGACGGAAGAGGGACUCUUGGCACCUGCCUUGCAAAAGUGAAGGGAGGGGGAGAGGACGUGGCCACACUAUUACGUAGACUUAGAAGAACACAGAAGGGGGGCCCCCGCCCAUCAGGUGAUGUACCUUCCUGGGUGAUUAAGCCUGCAGUUGAUGUCAAUGGAAAUUCACAAAAUGAGGAGAUGAAAUCAUUGGAAAUGAAAAAUGAUCCGAGUGAGUUCAACCUCUUGUCUCACCAUGGCAGCAAAGUGCUUCCAUCUUUGGAAGAAUCAUUAAGGAGAAAUUCAGCUUCCGCAGCGGCUCAGAGCAAGAUUGUGGAUCUGUUCUUUGCGCCUGUAGAAGAGCGUUUUGCUUGGGUGUCCUGUGGCGUUGGGGAAGCUCUGGUGAGGGACUGGCUGGGAGGAGGGCCCAGGGCCACUGACGGCCACAAAGGACGGUGCCACAAAGGAAAGCCUUGGGAGUCAGGACUACCAUGCCAUCAAGAACGGUCAGAAAUGGGGAUUUCUGAGGAUGCACCGCCCAGUGCUAUUCUUGAGGGGCUAGGCCCUGAGUUGGAACUGUCUGGCCUGCAUUGCACGCUGUCUACACUGCUGCACGCGCGUCCUGAGAUAUUCCUGAAUGAUGAGACGAAACCUGUUUUCCUUGGCCAUUCAAAGCCCACGUCUUCAGAGCAAACAGUAGAAGACAAGAAAGUGCUUUCGAGUGUAAAAAGUCCCUCAUGUGGUCUGCAGAUGACACUGGGCUUGCUGGCUCUACAAGCUUUUGAAUUAGCAAAGCCGUCACGCCAUAGUUAAGGUACAAGCAGAACAAUAAAAAUAGUGAGAUUAAUUUUAAAAAUUGUCCUAGAAUGAUUUCUUUCGCAUUAAAUCUGGCUGCAGACAGUGCAGCCGUGAAGUUCUGCUUUGGUUUAUGUGACCAGACAGAAUUCAAGUGAGUGGAAUUUAAACUCAUGGAGAGCUGGUUGAUGUGGAAGGAGAUGUUGAGAAUGUUUUAAAAUGUGCUUAAAGGACAUUCAGGAUUGGGAAACCAUUUCCUGGAAAACGUUAAUAGAUCCCAUUAUAAAUAUCAGAUUAGAACAUCAAGAUUUAACAUAAAGUUCUUUGUGUAUCUUCAACACCUGGUCUAAAGGGCUGCUGACCCAGAUACCGUGUCUUCAGACUGUCUCUGACCAUCUACCGGAAGUGCGUAUUCAUAAAAGUCAGCCCCUCGGUACUUGCUCUGAGCCUUGCUGAGUUGCUGGUAGGCUGUUAUCAUUUCUGCGUUUUGUAAAAUAAUUUUGGUCUGCAGCAAAUCUUGAUUUCUUUUCUCACAUCCCUUUCCUUCCGCUUGAAAUGUGGUUUAAAUGGAGGCCCUACGGUGAAAGUUGCAAUAUUAAACUUACUUUUAGAAUAGUCCUUCCUCAAACUAGGAACCCUAGCAGCGUUGCCUGAGAGAAAAACGAGCUUGCGACUCUGCCGCAGCUCGGUUAGAGAGAGGCAAAUCGAGUAUUUCCUUCUAGAAAGUUUCCAGGUUCUAGGAAUUGAGGUAACUUUUACCCUGAGAUUUUUCUGAGGUGUCCCCUUUUGUUGAUACCUUCGAUAAACGUCACUUCAGAGUGUAAGUUUUUAAGGAGUCCCGAAGUAAGACUGAAAACAACCACUUUUGGGGUUACUGAUUGCAUCUGUCAGUUUGUGUGCUGAAUAUUACUACACCGUGUGCUAUUUUAGUGUUUUGGGAAAAUGAAAAAUAAAAUCUGUUCUUUAGCAUAAUAAAUAUUUUAUGUGUGUA